UGGGAUAAAGCAAGAUGGAUUGGUGCCGAGGCAUGGUAAGGUCCUUGGAUCAAGAGAGACGUGAAUGGCGGCAACUGCGGCCCAAAUCCUGGGAACAGAGAGAGCAUCGGCAAGCAGAAUGCCGACGACGUUGAAGAGCUUCAAGAGACAAAAGAGUAGCAGUGGUUAGAAUGAAAGCCGCAUAUAGCCAAUCAGCGCCUGUUUGAAGUUUGCAGGGUCGCCUCGUACGGUAUCCAUCAUCGUCCACAGCAUGAUUUGCUCUACUUAUUACUUGGUUCUCCCAUCUUUUUGUUCCCCAUUCCCUUCUCUUUGCAGCAUCGUCGCGCUUAUAAAAUGGGAUAUCGUACUGACCUCCUCAUGUCUCUUGGCAAGACCGUGGCACAGAUCACUGCCGAUUUCGCACCAAUACCUGCUCUGUGUCCCGCUGUCGAUCUGCUGUGCGGCCUUAUUCAAUUAUGCGAGAACAUCAGCUUGAAUCGAAAUGCUGCCCGGCAGCUUGGUGAUCGAUGCCAUGAAAUGCUCAUCGCUUUCGGAGAGGAUAUGAAAAAUGCUCCGGGGAGCAUGAACGAAGCAAUACAUAUUGUUGAGGACACUUUGACUGAUAUCCAGACACGGAUGGAAAGCUGUGUCUUGCUUUCCGGGACACAUGCCUUCCUGCAUCAAAGAGAGGUUAGUCGUGAAAUCGAGAAAUGCCAUGGCAUCAUCUCAGAUUGCAUGACUAGAUUUCAACUGUCGUCCCACGUUGGUAUACAUCGCUGGCAAGAAGACUUUGACAGGAGCAGGAAGGCUGAUCAACGUGAACUGGUUGAGUAUCUUGCCGAAAUCAAGAAUACCCAAGAAAUGACGAAUGUCGCGAUGACUGAGAAUACAGAGGCCAUUAAAAACCUCAUGCUCAUGUUCCAGACCAUGAUGGGCGAAAAUAAGACCACCGCCGACCGUGUCCAUAAUGGCCUUUCGAGUAAUCUGUGGCAGCUCCAACAGAAUUCUGGACAACUUCUUCCUAGCUUCCACCUCAAAUCUGGCGAAGUUACUCGCAUCGGACAGUUUCCAGUGAGCGGUACGGCCGCCAUGGACAUAUAUGAAGGUCUGUACCUCCAACGAGAGAAAGUGGCCAUCAAGGUCAUGCGGUCCAUCAAUGCCAAUGACAAAAGUCUACGGCGUUUUAUGAGAGAAGUUAGCAUUUGGAGUGAUAUUUGGAGUGUCGAUAAAGGGAGAUACAUUUUACCUUUCUACGGUUUUUGCCAGGAAGAUGGUCCGUUCCCAUACAUGGUCAGCCCCUGGCAGGACAAUGGGACCGCCCUGCAGUACGUGAAAAUUAAGGAUUUGGAAGCAAAGAGCUAUCAACGACUGAUCAAAGGAAUUGCUCUCGGAAUACAGGUUCUUCACACUAUGAGCCCCCCCGUUAUCCAUGGUGAUAUCAAAGCGGCCAAUAUCUCCAUCAACUCUCGUGGAGAACCUCUCCUUGCUGAUUUUUGUCUCUCUCAGAUCGUUGAAGACAUCACAGGAAUCCCCUUUACUCAAAGCCGUGGGGUAGCAGACUCAUACAGGUGGUUUGCACCGGAAGUAUGCGUGGGACAGGGCGUCUUAUCCCCUUAUUCGGACAUCUAUGCAUAUGGAAUGGUUGUCCUCGAGCUUCUGACCCAUCAGCAACCUUACAGAGAGAUCAAGCACACAACAGAAGUGGUUAUCAAGUCGUCUGGCGGCACACACCCCAUCCGACCAAUGGAACAGGAGAUUGUCGCGAGGGGUCUUGAUGAUAUACUCUGGAGAUUGUUAAUUUCUUGUUGGACCAGGACACCGACAGAUAGACCGUCUAUCCAAUCAAUUCUUGGAUGUUUAGUAUGAUGCUUGUGCACUUAUUUUGUACCCACCAGGCAAUCUUAAUUGUCCUUGAGUCU